GUAUCCCAUAUCCCAGAUGACACAUGCUAGAGCCGUAGAGCCUAGUAGAGUCGUACCAGCAGUUCAGCACCAUGAUACAUGAGCUACAGUAUUGAUUAUUGAUUGAUGAAACGGCGAGGAAGGAACUGCCUCACAAUACGUAUGGUAUUUCGGACAAAAAUAGAAAUAAAGAUAUCAAAGGAAGAUAAAAAGAGAAUCAGUAAAGGGCGGAGAUAACCAUAAAAGAGAAGAAGAUGAUGGAGAUGAACAAUGCAGGCAAUAUACCCACAUAGAAGACAACGAUAAAGAAAGCUAGCAAAUAUCGCCAGGCCAAAUAAAGACGACACUGACCAUCCGUGGCUUUACUAGGCAAGCCAUGAGUUAAAAGAGAUAUGAUAUCAUCAAAUAGAAAGUAGAAAGUAGAAAGUCCUUCUCUCUCAUCCAUAUACACAGACACACACAGAGCACGCUCUACAGGUGGACGAACGACGCCCCCCAUACACUUCAGUGCCUGAAGGCUCCGGCAGGUGCAAACCCACAGCGAUUCAAGGAAACAGAUAAUAAUAAAACGUUACAUUAGUAAGAAUAGUUAUUUAUUUCAUUUUGAUAAAAGUUUGUUAUAGAGAGAAGGCGGAUUUUCGUGGCACGGUGGCGGAGGAAGUGGGUUAAAAUUGUAUAGGUCGCGCCACAUUCCACGUUGUUUAGGUGGACUCGACUCACCUGAUUCUCAAGCCUCUCUCUGCCUCCUUUUGUCUUCUUCUAGCGCCUAUACAGUACUGCAGUACUCUUCUCUUCUCCUUUUUCCGUGCUUUCUGUUUAUUUGUUUUCCUCCUCCGUCUAUCGCAAUUGAAAGAAAGAGAGAGAAAGAGAUGACUAGAGGUAACGUUGUUCGUGAAGUAGACGGGUCGAGCAAUGAGGUUCGCGUCCAUGGAUUGCCUCCUACCUACCCCCAUGGUGAUACAGAUGACUUGUACACUAAAUUAUGGCACUCAUGCGCUGGUCCCCUUGUUUAUGUACCUCGUUCUGGAGAGAAGGUUGUCUACUUCCCUCAAGGUCACAUGGAACAGGUUGAGGCACACAUGAACCAAAGUGAUGUAACGGAAAUGCCUAUCUACAACAUACCUUCCAAGAUCCUCUGCAAGGUCCUCUCUGUGCAACUAAAGGCUGAAGCUGGGACAGAUGAGGUGUUUGCUGAAAUAACUUUGCUUCCUGAGGCAAAGCAAGAUGAGUUGAGCUCAAACGAGGAUGAAUAUUUCUCACGUUUGCCUCCCAAAACUUAUCCACAAUCCUUUAGCAAGAAACUAACAUCAUCUGACACAAGCACACAUGGUGGAUUCUCCGUUCUGAAAAGACACGCUGAAGACUGCCUUCCACCCAUGGAUAUGUCUCUAGACACCCCCGAACAGAAACUUCAUGCAAAGGAUUUACAUGGUUUAGAAUGGUGCUUUCGUCAUGUUUUUCGUGGUCAGCCGAAGAGGCACUUGCUUACUACUGGCUGGAGCACAUUUGUGACCUCCAAAAAGCUUGUUGCUGGGGAUGCAUUUAUCUUCCUUAGAGGACAAAAUGGACAACUUCGCAUUGGGGUCCGUCGUGCAAUGAAACUACAGAACAACGCAUCGACAACUGUCAUCUCUGCUCAUAGCAUGCACCAUGGCAUUUUGGCCACUGCUCUCCAUGCCAUCAAUACUGGAACCAGAUUUACUGUCUUCUACCAUCCUUGGACGAGUCCCACUGAAUUCAUCAUUCCGUUUGACCAAUAUAUGAAAUCAGCUGAAAUCGAUUAUUCUGUAGGUACAAGGUUCAGAAUGCUGUUUGAAGGUGACGAAUGUGCGGAUCAGAGGAUUGAGAGAUUUGAAGGCACCAUUGUUGGCAAUGAAGAUGUUGAUCACAUUAGAUGGCCAAAUUCAGAAUGGAGAAGUCUUAAGGUGAAAUGGGAUGCCACAUCGGAUGGAUUUGUACGACCAGAAAGAGUUUCUCCUUGGAGCAUCGAAUCCAUAGAACCUAUAAAAAGAAAGCAGAAUUAUUUUCUAUGCCCACCAAAGAAGGCACGUCCCAUGGAUGCAUCAGUGUCUGGUUUUCCUAGCAUGGUCAAUGAUGGCUUACUACAUGGUCCAAUUGAGUGUGCAACACAAAAUCACAUGGAGGUCUUGCAAGGUCAAGAAAAAGGGGACACAGAUGUUAAUAAGUUCGAUGUGCUUAUACCUCCAAUCAUACCAUGUUUGAUUUCACAAAAUCCUGAUUCAAACAGCACUACAUUGGGAUUAGGGAAUCAGUUGUGCCUUUCCACUCAUGGCACAUUUUAUCGGUGUCCCAGUGGAACAUUAUUAUUUCCUGGUGGAAACAUAACAAGGUUGGGUUUUCCUAGUAGCAGUUGCCCUCCACUCAGCUCUUUUGGAAUCCCCGAAAAGGCUGCAGGAAGCCGAAACUUGUCAGUUUUGAAUCUCAACUCUUACAGAUCUGGGUCUCAAGACUGCAAAACUUUAGAACCAAAAGAUGCGAAUGAAAUUCUACAUGCACCACCAGAUGGUGGUGGCAGGUACAUGCUUUUUGGAGUCAAUUUAGUUAAAAAUCCACCGGAGCUCCCUUCACCACAAGUUGCCACUUUUAGUGACCAUGAAAGUCUUUAUUCUGUCCCCCACAUGUCUGAAUCCAGUGUUUCAGAGGCAUCCAAGAGUACAUCUGGCAUUAAUUCAGAAAAUCACAGCAACAACUGUCGUUCUGUCACUGAUCUGCAUUGCAUAAAGGUGCUUAAAUAUGGAGCUGCGGGAAGAUCAGUUGACAUCACACAAUUUGAUGGAUAUGAUACACUCAUUUAUGAACUCGAUCAGAUGUUCGACUUCGAGGGAAGCUUAAUUGAUGGGAGCAGCGGGUGGCAGGUGACGUACACGGAUGCUGAGGGGGACAUAAUGCUUCUUGGAUAUUGUCCAUGGCAGAAGUUCCAGUGUAAGGUUCAAAAGAUGUUCAUCUGCCCAAAGGAAGAUAUUGGCCAAGUGAAUCAAGAGUCUGUGUGAUAUCUUGCUCAAUUCACUGUCUUUUCUGUUUCCUUUUUCAUGCAAUUCCUUAAAUAAAUCUGAGAGACAGUGCAUGGAGCAAUGCGUGUGUUGUAGCUUGCAGCUAAAUAUGAUUUCAAGAUAUGCACUUCAACUAAUAUUUGAAUGUCACAUUUUCACUUUUUUAUGCCUAUUUUUAGAGAGGAAAAUUUUUUCCUUGCUAAAA